AUGGAGAGUGCCAUAGAUGGCAUUGUUGGCACACAAUCGGCACAAUAUGAUAGCCAGAGAGCAAAUGAUGAUGUUCCUUUGCAGCGGAAACUCUCCACAAAGCCAGCGGAGGAAGAUGGAUUGAAAGCACUAGAUAAUGAUGACAUUUUCUACUCUUACAUCAAAAGUGCUAAGAAUAAAAUUAUGCAGAGCAAGUCAAACAUUGGUGGCCAUGAGCUGAAACCUACAGGUGUGGAUGUGGCUAAUGGAACCACCAACAAGGAAAAUGAAAGAGACCAUUUUUCAGAUUUUAUUCAGAAUGCUAAGAAGAGGAUAAGGAGUAGAACUAUAUCAAAAAGGAAUAGCUCCUUCAGAAGAGGGUGA